GCAAAAGCAGCCAUGUCCAACCCCGUGCUGAACAAAGAUGCUUUCUACAGGAGGAUGAAAUCCGUUUACGAAGCCUGGAAGAACGGCGAGAACGAGUUCCAGCCCUUGGCGCAGUCGGACGCCAUAGUCGUGGUCAUAGGAAAAGAUGAGGACGCUGUUUAUUCGAAAAGCACGUCGCUCCAUCAUUAUUUGUUCGGCUACGAGUUGCUGGACACCUUGAUGGUACUUUGUGAGAAGCAGAUCAUAUUCCUUGCAUCCAAGAGGAAAAUCGAAUUUCUCAAACAGAUUGAAUCGGGCAAGGAAAAUGAAAACGGACUCCCACCUGUCACGCUCUUGAUCCGAGAUAAGGGCGACAAGGAUCAGGCGAACUUCUCGAAGAUCACCGACUUGAUUAAAAAGUCCCGAGAUGGUAAGACCCUGGGGGUCUUCGCCAAAGAUAAAAUUACCUCGGACUUCAUCGAGCUCUGGAGAGCGGCUCUCUCAAGUGCCAAGCUUGAUUCCACGGUGGACGUUUCACCCGCGUUUGCUUACAUCAUGGCGUUGAAGGACGAUCACGAGAUCGGUCUGACCAAGCGAGCCUCCCAGAUGUCCGUGGACGUGUACAGCAAGUUCCUGCGACAGCAGAUCAUGGAGGUCAUUGAUUCCGAUAAGAAGAUCAAACACAGCAGGCUGUCCGAGAUGGUGGAAGAAGCUUUCCAGAACAAGAAAUACGUCGGUCAGAACACGGAUACGCACCAGGUGGAUAGCUGCUAUCCAGCCAUCAUCCAGAGCGGGGGCAAUUACAACCUCAAAUUCAGCGUUCAGUCGGAUAAGAACACACUGGAUUUCGGAACGAUUGUCUGCAUGUUGGGAGCUCGUUACAAGAACUACUGCUCGAACAUCGUCCGUACGCUUAUGGUGAAUCCUUCCGAGGAACAGAAAGAGAUCUAUACUUUCCUCGUUAAUUUACAAGAACACGUCAUUGAUAAGCUGCGCGACGGUGUUAAAUUGAGCGACGUUCACGCUGAGGGCAUGAAAUACGCUGCCGAACACAAGAAGGAUCUCGUCAAAAACCUUACCAAGAGUUUCGGCUUCGCCAUGGGCAUCGAGUUCCGAGAGAGUAGCCUCUCGAUUGCACCGAAAUCGAAUGUUGAGGCUAAGAAGGGCAUGAUCUUCAAUGUCUGCGUCGGUCUGGCAGAUCUAGAGAACUCCGAAGGGAAGAACGACGCGAAGAAAUACGCUCUGUUUGUCGGUGACACCGUUCUAGUGACGGACAAAGACAACCCCGCCACGGUGCUCACCCAGAGUAAGAAAAAAGUGAAGAAUGUCGCGAUCGUUCUCAAGGAUGAAGACGAGGAAUCGGAAGAAGAGCAGGAGGAGAGCGUUACCAACAAAGACAAGAAAGCCGAUGAGCUCCUCGGUCGAGGUGCUCGGAGAAAUAACGCCAUUAUGGAAUCGAAGCUUCGGACGGAAACUUCUGCUGAAGAGAAACGACAACAGAAUCAGAAAAUUCUCGCCGACAAAGUCAACACCGAGGCUCGCCAUCGUUUGAUUCAUCAAGGAGACAAGAAAGUCGAACAGAAACACGGGAAAGCCGUCGUGUCGUAUAGAGGGGAGACCCAAUUCCCCAACGAGCCGGAAAUUCAACGAUUGAAACUGUUCGUCGACAAGAAGUACGAAACUAUCCUGUUGCAUUGCUGCGGUGUCGGCGUCCCCUUCCAUAUCAGCACGUUGAAGAACGUAUCACAAUCUGUCGAAGGGGAUUUCACCUAUCUGCGGAUCAAUUUCUUCCACCCGGGCGGCGGAGCUCUAGGUCGGAACGAAGGUUCCUACUUCCCCAAUCCCGAGCUGACUUUCAGCAAGGAGGUCACAUUCCGAGCUAGUAAUCUCAAGGAGCCUGGCGAGUUGUCGGCGCCGUCGAGCAACCUCAACACGGUCUGUCAGUUGAUUAAGACGGUGCAGAAGAAGUGGAAGACACGGGAAGCCGAGAAACGAGAACAGGAAGGAAUUGUGAAACAGGACGCGCUCGUCCUCUCGAACAACAAGGGAAACCCGAAAGUGAAAGAUAUCUUCAUCAGACCCAAUAUUCACGCCAAGCGAAUCAUGGGCUCGUUGGAGGCUCACACGAACGGCUUCCGAUUCACCUCAGUGCGAGGCGAUCGUGUCGACAUCUUGUACAACAACAUCAAGCACGCAUUCUUCCAACCCUGUGAUGGGGAAAUGAUCAUCCUGCUCCAUUUCACGAUGAGAAAUCCCAUUGUCAUCGGCAAGAAAAAGCAAGACAACGUGCAGUUCUAUACGGAGGUUGGUGAGAUAACGACCGAUCUCGGGAAACAUCAGCACAUGCACGACCGGGACGAUCUCGCUGCGGAGCAGGCUGAACGAGAUCUGAGGAACAGGCUCAAGAGCGCUUUCAAGCAGUUCUGUGAGAAAGUCGAGAGCAUGACCAAGCAAGAGGUGACGUUCGACACUCCGUUCAGGGAUCUAGGUUUCCCUGGAGUACCGUGCCGGUCCACCGUUCUGCUCCAGCCGACCUCUGGGGCCCUGGUGAAUCUCACCGAGUGGCCGGUGUUCGUCAUAACCUUGGAGGAGGUGGAGAUCGUUCACUUCGAAAGAGUUCAGUUCCAUCUCAAGAACUUCGACAUGGUAUUCGUGUUCAAAGACUACCACCGCAAAGUCGCUCAGGUCGGUCUGGUCCCGAUGAAUCUACUCGACCAUGUGAAAGAGUGGUUGAACUCGGUUGACAUCCGCUACACCGAAGGUCUCAAGUCGUUUAACUGGAACAAAAUCAUGAAAACCAUCACGAGCGACCCGGAAGGUUUCUUCGACAAUGGAGGCUGGAAAUUCCUGGACACUAAUUCUGGCUCCGAAGACGAAGGCGAAGACGAUGACGAUCCGGAAGGCGAGGACGAAGACUUCAAUCCCACCGAUUCCGAAGACGACGAAGGUGGAGAUGAAGACGAAUCCGAUUCGGAAGAUUAUUCGUCGGAAGAAGAAGGCUCGUCGGAAGAGGAAUCUCUCGGCUCGUCGGAAGAGUCCGGGAAGGAUUGGUCUGAGCUCGAGGAAGAAGCUCGGAAAGCCGACAGAGACGAUGAAGAGGAAAUUCGUAGUGGUAAAUCGAAAGUCUUCACAAAACGCCCCUCGAAACACAGUUCGAGCAGCAAAUAUUCUUCGCCCAAGAAAUCGCAUCAUGACAAGUCGAGCAAGGACAAGCACAGGAGUCCGCAUAAAUCACCAAACAAGAGCAAGAAAAGAGCUCGCGACGAGAGCAAAGGGCGAUCACCAGAGAAGAAAAAACACAAAAAAUGAGCACAGCACCCGGAUCGUCGUCCAUUCUUAAGGUAUUUCUCUUGGGUAUCGGGCCAAUCGAUAUUUGUAUAAUACCUCCAAAGCGAGCCUCUUAGAUGAUGAAAUUGUAAUAAAAGCAAGCACCUGUGUACACUUCUCAUA